UGUUGUGUUUCCCUGCAGAAAGUUAGGCAUCUCCUUCUGGGUUCUUAGGGUGAUGAUCCGAGAGUGAGUGGCCUCCUCUUGCAAAGGAUGAACUUCGCAAUGCAGGAGCUUGAACGAUGCGCAGCUUUUUACCAAAGCCUGGAAGGGACAGAUCAGCUGCGGGAAACCAGCCGUCAAAUCCUCCUCUUGCUAGAGAGCCUGCAGCAGUUUGCAAAAGGCUCCAUGAAGCGAUGCAAAGAGAAAAACCUGGAGGAGGCUUCUCAGCUCUUGGCAAGACUGAGCAGAAGAAGACUGGGGGAAUUGGAUCGGGAGACCAUGUUACCGUUGGUGCGUGGCGUGCUCAGGUGUCAAAUGGAGACCACAACCAGCUCCAGCCUGUUCUGCCGACUUGAAAAGAUAGUUGGAAAACUAUCGGAGCAGAACAAAACCUUGGUCUCUGAAGAGUUGAGGAGGCUGAUGGAUGGGCUGAUUGAAGAUGAAAAGCCGGCGUCUUCUGAGGUUCUCCAGACAGUAAGCCUCUUCAUCGAAGAAAGUUCAUUAGGACGCCAGUACUGGAAAAAGAAUCUGAUGAAACUCUUGAAAGCCAUCGCUGCUACUUUUGAUCUCCUUCUGCGCGAUUCAAACUCCGGUCAGGUGGAGUGGCAUUACGUCACAAUAAAGCUUUGCCUGUAUCUUUUCAAAGGGAUGUCAGGGGAAAUUCAGCCCCUUGUCUGGAAUGAAACGGAUGACAGAGAAAUGCUGCAAAAGAUCUUGAGAUCCCUGGUGCAUACCAUCAUGGAUCAGACCGCCUGCAAGGACAACCGUCUCCUGGCUGGAACUACGGUGAGCAUGAUGGUGAACACAGCCCCAGAUGUGGAAGCAGGAGCCAAAGCCAUCUGGGCGUUUUACCUCCUGAUGAAUUUGAGUGCCCAAAAAACAGAGGAACACAAAGAGGGGUGCCAAUUUGGGGCACUUUCGAUCCCCACUUCCAUCCUGAACCCAGGCGGUUUGGAGAAGCUGGUGCUGACCCAUGGCUUACUAACCUGUUGCAAGAAAGAGAUCUUGAGCUGUCUUCUGGAUGGUGGUACCCCACAAAAGUGCUUGUUGCUGGAUGUCCUGUUUCCAGCUGUUUUAGAUGUGAUAGAAGAGCCAACAAGCUGCCCAUAUUACUCCUUCCAAGUUUUUUCUCUGUGGCUUCAAUGUGUCCGAGAAAAUUUAGAGGACCUCUGGAAAGUCAAGGAGAGUUUGUUGCUGGGUGACAAUUCAGGACUUCUCCAAAGGCUAAGCAAGAUUGUUUGGAACAAUGCAGAAAGCCCAGCAGAAGGAGUGAGCGAUUUUGUCCACAGCUCCUUUCGAAUUCUUUUAGAGAUCUACAGCCUGGAAUGUGAUCGCUUUGGGGAUCUGGAGAGAAUCCUAUUUAGAGAGUACCUGCAAAGGGUUAUUUUCAUGCCUUGGGAAGCAAGAGCAAGAUAUUUUGCACUCAGUGCAAUUCUUCCCUACUUGGGCCCCCAAAAGGUUCUGGAGAUCUACACGGAUCUCCCUCAACAUCUCUUCAACUGCUUGUCCACCAACCGUCUGUGUCCCGUCGCUUCGGAUUUGUACAAAACUCUCCUACGACUGCAGCGCAAAGCCUGGAUGGAGAUGGAGGACGAGGUCUCAGAAGAACAGCUGGCUCACAAGUGGUCCAGUUGUUGGUUAUCGACCCUGUCUCGUGCCUUGACCUCCUCUGACCCAUUCCUUCAGAGCAACGCCUCCAGCCACCUUCUUGGGUGGACUUUGAGAGUCUUUCCUGCUUCUUACGCGCCGCUAGCCACAAGAUUUGGGGGCAGGGAGGCUUCUCAGCUCCGAGCGUGGGUCUCCUUGUUGAACGUUCAGAAGACCCUUGCGGGAGACUUGCUCACAGAUGAGGAGACCUUGAAGAGACUCACCUGCUGCCUCUUCUCCAAAGAAGAAACUGUCCGCCUGGCAGCCUUGGGCUUCCUCUGCUCAGCUCCCAAGACCAGUCAAGCCUUAUCGGAGAGGGAGAUCCAACUCUUGAAAGAAUUCCUGCCCUUGAAUUUGAGUUGCGAUUCCUCUUCUUUUCGGCAACUUCUUCAAGCCAUGGUGAAGAAGGCUUUGGCCAGAAUGAGGGACAGUUCUCUAGCUGCACUUCGGCAACAGAAGGUCAGCCAGAAGGAACGCUUGGUCAGAAAGGAUCAAGAAAGGAGUGUCCUCCAAGCUGUAGAGUUUGUGGAUUGGCUGCUGCAGCUCUGCACGGCGUCUCUGAUGUCAGGUUCCAACUACCAAAGGAGGAAAACUGCUCUUCUUCUCCUGGCGGCCAUCUUGGAGACCUUCACAGACACUUGGAGACCCGAGAGAAAGAAGGGGCAGCCUCCACGCAACAUGGCUACCUUAUUAUGCUGGUCCACGAAUAAAGGCUACUGGGACUUUUUUUCUACUGGGAACACAUUGGCGCUGUUGAGCUGCUUGCAGGAUGGCACGAAUGAGAUCCGUGAGUUGGCCUCAGAGUUGCUGAUCUCUUACUUCCCACCAGAUUUGCUGGGCUCUGCUGCCGGAACUCUCUUUGGAUGGGCCCUAGAAGCCAUAAGCAGUCCCCGGGUUCAAGAGAGCGAAGCAGGAGCAACAGUGAUGAAGACUCUCCUUCCCAAGUUGGAUUGUCAUAUCUUGACGCCGUCAUUGACUGAGGAGCCAUCUAUGCCAUGCAAAUAUCUCUCUUUUCUUGAACAUUUGCUCAACAUGCUACGGAACCAUUUUGUCACGGCUUCUCGUGACUUAUUGUUGGCAGCUCACACAACCCCAAUACAUGGGGUGAUUUUGGCGUUACGGAGAUGCCUGCUUGAAGAACCGGAGGUUGUGUCAUCUAUGUUAGAAGCCCAGAAGAUGCACCGCUGGAGGUUAUUCUUUCAGCGUUUGGUGAGGACAGUGAGAGACAUCAGCGAUUUACUCUUGAGCGUGUUGCAAAGUCAUCAAGCAUCAAGCACAGACCAACACGCUUCUUCGCCCUCCUUUGCAGACAUGGGAAAUGCCAUUGGCAGUCUCAUCCGGCUAGGAAAAGGCUUGGAGGAGGAAGAGGAGGAAGAAGAAGAUAUGAUUCUCCUCUCUGAGGAACACAGCCUCAUUCUGACCUGCUGUUGGGUCUCGGUUAAAGAAAUUGGGAUGCUCUUGGGAGGCCUUGCGGAGAAAGUUCUACCUCAGCCGCUCUCGGCAGGAUGUGAGCCUCUCCUACCUCUUCAAGUUGUCCACACGGCUUCCAAGGUGUUCCAAGACAUCUUGCUGAAGUGCCGGCAUUGGGGAGCUGUGGAAGGCUGUAGCGUGGGCUUCACCAAGUUUUGUACCACUCUGCUAAGUCACCCCAGCCCAGAGCUACGAAACAUCCCAGGGACUAUGCUCACCAAGGGUCUGGCUUUGUUAAGCAGCCCCAGAGGAAGCUCCAUCACUCGGAGGGCGGCCGGUUUCCCAAUGCUCUUCCUAUGCAUUGCGACAGGGGAAGAUCCCGCCAAGUCCCGGCCCCUUCUGACUCACUGCAUUCAGAUGUUGCUCACCUUGGCCAACCGACCAAUCUCCCACAGCUCAGACCAGACACUGGAUUUGCCCCAGGUUUCUGCCAUCCACGUGCUUCAAACGUUAGUCCGUGGUUCCAACCUUGGACCUGCUCUCCAGCAACACAUCACACCCCUGAUGGUGCUAGUUCUCAAGGCGCUGAGCUCCCCUAGUUGGGCUAUGAGAAACGCAGCCAACCAACUUUUUGGCGCCUUGACCGUUCGCCUCCUCGGGCAGAAAUGGAGUCCAGAGGAUGGCCGUGCCAAAGAUGGAAUAAGCCCCAAAGCUCUUUUUGGCCGAUAUGUCCAUUUGAGAAGCAUCCUACUUGGAGAAUUGUCCCUGGCUGUGGAAGUGUCCAUAUCCGAAGGACCGAAAAGAGGGAAAUUCCACCUCUGCCCUUCCCUGUAUGCUGUCCUUACUUUUCUGGCCAAGCUGCAGCCCAGCGGAGACACUCAGGAUAGCGCUCUCACCUGCUUCCUGGAGCCCCUGAUCCAACUGUCGGGAAACCCCAUUUAUGCCGUUCGGGCAAUGGCCGCCAAAGCUUUGGUGCCUUUCAUCCCGGUGACGGACUACGGAAAGAUCCUCUUGCGGUUGGCAGCCAGAUUCCCGCAGCCGGAGGCCGCUCUGUCCCAUAAUGCAUUGCACGGAUGCCUGCUGCAAAUCCAGGCUGUGUUGACUCAUGCUUUGGAGGUCAAACGGCUGCAUCCUGAGUUGCUGCGGUCCGUGGCCUGCAUGAUGGAAAGCCACAUCUGGUUGCUGAUGGACAUACGACGGUGCCCGUUAAUCUGUGCCGUUUACCUCCAAGUUGUGUCCUUGCUGCUAGGAAGCUGUUCUCCAGGUUUUGUGCAGAAAGUCUGGAAUCUAUUGUACGGGGAACUGGCCAGUCCGAAACCUGGUUUCUCCCUUAUCCAGCUUGGUUCUUCCAUCUUCUGCCAACGGGCUGUCAGCUUCCUCAGCCAAGAAGCCACAAGACGGGAAUCUCCGGAAAGAAUCCAUGAUCUGAGCUUGCUUCUGGAAAGGGGAAAUCCUGACGUGCAAGUCGCCAUUCUAACUUGGUUGAUGGACAAUGAGGAAAGGAAAGGUCUUAAGUCCAACCAGGAUCUGCAGUUGAUAUUCAUGGAAAAAUUCAAGGAGAUCCUGACGAAUACAGGAGACCCCACAGUCCUAAAGCUGUACUUGAAAGUUUUUGUCCACUUGUUUGGCAACGUUGCUCAAAGACAGCCUUUCCCAGAGAAAUUAGCUUUGGAGUGUGGUGAAAUCCUGUUCUCUAUGGUAGAGGGUGACCACGAAGGUCCUGGGCUCCGGGAUCAUGCGUUUUGUGCAGCCACAUUGUUCCUGAGUCAACACCCCGAAGGCGAUCCUUCAUGGGAACGAUGGAUUGCAGCGAUAGAGAAGUGGAGCGACUCCCUUUCAGACGGGUUGCUCAGGAUGGCUGCAGCCAAAGCCGUCAAAACAGGUGGCCCAGCUUGGAUUUGGAGAGUCCAGAAAUCGUCCGACUUCCUCCUUCGUUCCCAAGUUCUACGGUUGAUCGAGGCAGCGAUCCAUCUCCUCCAAGACGAAGACCAAGAAGUGCGUCAUGAAGCUGCUUCCUUCGUCAGCUGUUUGGUGCAGACGCCGUCACCCAUCCAGCAGGUUCAACCUCACCACAGUUGCCUUCAGCUCCAGAGCUCCAAGGCUCUGCUCAGCCUGCUGCAGUACCUGCUCGAAAAUUUUGGGGACCAUCCCUCAACAUUUGCAUCGUUGAUGCACCUCCUCCCCAUGGUAGACCUCAGUGAGACCUUGAUGGAGCUGGAAAGCCAGGGAGUGGUCAGCCUCUACAAGGAAGAUGAACCCAAUGUUUACACCGAACCAGCAGUCUUCUCUCAGAUGUUAUUACCUUUUCUACUCCAACUGGUGGAGAACGCGCCCACCUCUCAAAAACUUUGGGAGUCAAUACAAUCCUGGCUGGAAACCACCGUAGCUGGAACCAUCUGUACCGUAGAAUUCUGUAGACAGUGGUGGAGUCGAGAGGACAUCCCUUGCCUGCAGCUUAAAGCUUUGUCGUGUCCUCACAUACAUUCUGCUAUCACGGCACUGUUGGUUAAAGCCGUCCUUGUGGACCAUGUUCUGAAGAUCUUGGAAACCCAGAACCAGCUCAACUGCACCCCAGGAAUUACAGUCUCUUUCCAGGAGCUGAGCUGCGCCAUCCAUUCCUUGAAGGACCUGCUCCAUCAGCGUGGAAUAGCUGUUACGGUUGAGAUGGAAAAACAGCAAGCAGGACUACAGGAAACUAGUUAAACAUCAAGGACUUUUAAUAAAAGUUUUUAUUUUUAUUUUGGGUAGCUCCCAAAAAUCAAUCCAUUCCUUACAGGAAUAACAGAAUAACAAGAGUUGGAAGGGACCUUGGAGGUCUUCUAGUCCAACCACCUGCUCAGGCAGGCACAGUGGUUAGCAUGCAGUAUUGCAGGAUAAUUCUGUUGACUGCCAACUGCCGCCAGUUCAGCAGUUCGAUCCUGACUGACUCAAGGUUGACUCAGCUUUCCAUCCUUCCGAGGUGGGUAAAAUGAGGACCCAGAUUGUUGUGUGGGCAAGAGGCUGACUGUGUAAACUGCUUAGAGAGGGUUGUAAAGCACUGAGAAGCGGUAUAUAAAUCUGCUGUUUCUAUUGCUAUUGACUCAGCCUUCCAUCCUUCCGAGUUCGGUAAAAUGAGGAGCCAGAUUGUUGGAGGCAAGGUGCUGACUCUACAAUAUGCAAUAUGCCGACUCUGUAAACCGUUUAGAGAGGGCUGUAAAGCACUGUGAAGCGGAAUAUAAAGUCCCAAGUGCUAUUUCUAUUCCUGACAAAUGGAACUUACAACAUUUCAUGACCAUUCAAAAUGAGGACAGCCCUGGAAAAGUGGCCUUGCGGCCGGUCCUUGCCGUUAUGACCAUGUCUCUUGUCAAGUCGCAUGAAUUAAUAUUUGAAUGCUUGGCAACCAAUAUAUAUAUUUAUGAUGGACGCAGCAUCUUGGGCUCAUGCGACCACCAUCUGCAAUCUUCCCAGGGGGUUUCGAGAAACAAAGUUAAUGGAGGGUUUUUGUUUAAUGACCACAACAAGGAAGAUUGCAAAAUCAGGAAUGACUCACUCCUUGAGGGGCGGGGGCAGGGGGGAGAGUUCUUUGCUAGAAACCUUACUGUGAAUGAAAUAAAUAACAAAAAGUUAGACUAGGAACAAAUAAACCCCACUUUAAAACCUGCUGGGGAGUCAACAGCGUCUUGAUUAAUUUUCUUUUUGCUCUUAGUUCGUGUUCUCUUGCUGAGAUGAUUGAUUUCAAGGAGAUAAUAGCUUCAUUUUUAAACUGGCUUUUGUUAUUGCAGACCGAGGAGGUUGAUUAUUAUUAUUUUUUUUAGGGCAGGGGUCUCCAAGCUUGACAACUUUUAAGACUUGCGGACUUCAACUCCCAGAAUUCCUCAGCCAGCUUUGGUAUUCUGGGAGUUGAAGUCCACAAGUCUUAAAGUUGCCAAGGUUGGAGACCCCUGUUUUAAGGGAUGCAUAUAAAAUAAAUCACAGAACCCAAUCCUCCAUAAUUCAGAAAAACUAGUUCUUACGAUGCAUCUAGCCCUGGGAUGGCGAACCUAUGGCGCGCAUGCCAAAGUUGGCAUGCUGAACCCUCUCUGUGGGCACACGCGCCAACUAGCUGGUCUUUAUGGGCGCUGGAGCACCAAAAAACAGCCUGAAAAUGACCCUAAACCAGCUGAAAAAACGGCCCAAAACACAGCCCAAAAAUGCCCAAAAAACAGCCAAAAAAUGCCCAAAAAACAGGCACGCGCGCACCGGCCAGCUGGUUUUUGGGUUUCUGUAUGCAUGCACAUUCCAAUUUGGGCAGUCGGUGCCUUAAAGUUUCGCCAUCGCUCAUCUAGCCUCUUUUUUAAAAAUAUCCAGAUAUGGAAGAACUUCCUUUUUUCCAACCCAUCAUACAAAAGAAAUUAAAAUAAUAAAUUAUAUUGUUAGAUUGUUAAUCUAAGUUGGAAUUAGGAAAUGUAAAUUAUUGGAUUGGUAAAUAGAAUGUAAAUAUAAGUAUGUAUAAGAUUGAGUAAAAAAAAAGAACGGAGAAUAUAUACCGUUGCCGAUACGACGAGCUGUAAAAUAUGUAACGCUAUGUUUGUGAUGUGUUUUUAAUCUGUUUUUGUUUUUUUUGUGUUGUGUUUUUUCU